CGGGGCGAGGCGACGUAGAUCCAAAAGCAGCUAAGACCGCAACAACAAGGAAAGCUCGUCAUCCCUCCUCGCCGCCGCGUCCCGCACUCGCCACUCUGCAACUCUCCAGCAGCCAUGGAGGUCUAUGAGCGAAGGAACAGCUUCAGCCUUGCAGCUGACGUCGACGCUACAGCCGUCGACCAUAAGGAAGACUUGCACGUGUCCAAUCAGGACGAGGAGGCAAAAGUAACGACCCCGGAAACCAACCAAGACACGCUGCGCACACUGCGUCUGGCCUUCGUGGGUAACGUUGACAGUGGCAAGUCGAGUCUCAUCGGAACACUGAUCAAGGGAGAGCUGGACGACGGCCGAGGCUCCUCUCGCCAGGCCAUCUUCCGCCACAAACAUGAGGUCGAAUCAGGUCGUACCAGCAGCGUGGCCACAGCUUAUCUAGGCUUUGAUGAACAAGGAGAGCAGAUUUUAUCCAAGCGAGCUGGUAAGCUUAUCCCUUGGGGGGAGCUGGCCAAGAUAGCCCACAAGCGCAUCCAACUAAUCGACCUGGCCGGCCACGAGAAGUAUCUCAAGACGACAGUGUUCGGACUCACGGGUAUGCAACCAGAUGUGGUUGUAGUCGUGGUGGGGGCCAACAUGGGUGUCAAGAGGAUGACCAAGGAACACCUGGCCAUCGCUGUAGCGUUGGAGAUUCCGAUCGUAGUCGCGUUGACGAAGAUCGAUAUUGCACCCAAGAAUGUGGCCAAGGAAACGUUGGCCACUGUUCGUCAGGCAUUACGACGCUACGGGAAGAUGGCGAUGCUUGUCAAGACGACGGAGCAGGCGGUGACAGCAGCGAAGAGUAUCCCAUCGAACCGCAUUACGCCUAUUCUACCGAUCUCCAAUGUUACAGGCGACGGACUGGAAAAUCUCCGUCGGAUACUUUGUGACACGUCUCCGUCGGCGCUGUUCAAGGCUGGACUGUCAGCCUCGACGCUUGCGACGACCAAGUCGAUGAAUCAGGAGGAAAGUAUUACAAUAGCGACCUCAACCGGCGCCGGGGAUUCAAAGAAGAAGGCGAUUUCUGUCAGUGACGUGGUUGAAAUGCCUAUCGACGAGACGUACCAAGUCCCUGGCGUUGGAUUUAUCUUGGCCGGGACGUUAAUGACUGGAAGCUUCAAAGUCAACGAUGCACUGCAGAUUGGACCCGACUACAAUGGCCAAUUCCACAAGGUUACAGUGCGCUCGAUGGAGUCGAUGUAUAUGCCUUUGAAGGAGCUCGUCCCGGGCCAAACUGCAGCUGUGGCAGUUCGUUCCGUCAACAAGAAAUUCGUGCUGAGUCGAUUAACGUUCCGCAAAGGAAUGAUCUUGUUGAGUCCUGAAAUCAAAGUCGACGACUACGUGUCACGAGUGUUUGAGGCUCGAGUCGUGAUUCUACACCACCAAACGACCGUCACGGUUGGCUACCAGCCGAUGGUCAAUUGUCGGACUAUUCGGCAGACAGCGGAGAUCAUCUCGAUUGAAUCGAACCAAGAAGUUAUUCGCACUGGAGACCGAGCACUUGUGCGUUUCCGCUUCAUCCAUUCGCCAGAGUUCUUGAAGAAAGGUAUGCGCUUCGUGUUCCGUGACGGUCAAGCGAAAGGAAUCGGUAAGGUUGUCCGGGUAGUCCCCGCUCAGCAUUGUGAGGACUAA